AUGUCACAAAAGAAAACAAACAGCCAAAGCAAACUUGAAUCGAAGGAGUUGAGAUAGAAAACCUAUGUGCAAAAAGAAAGGAAAAGAGAGAAAGAAGAAGUCGUAAGAAUUAGUUUUUAUCAUUAGCCAUUACAGUCUAUUAUUAAGAAUGCAGACCCACUGCCUGUUGCCUAAGAAUAAAAAGCCUAAUUUUCAAUUUCAAGAUGUUUUUAAUCAAGUCCUGACCCAAGAUUAGAUUGGGAAAUUCAUACAGAGAAGAUUUCGAUAAGUGAAUUCAAAGAGUUAAUAGAAAAUCGUUUUAACGAAGUUAAGAGAAGCUCAAGCAUUCACAAAUACUAUGCUAAAAUAGGAUUUCAGGUAUUAAUAUAUUGUUUAAAUAUUCUUGAACUUAUCUUCACAUUAAGUUAUGAUUCAUAUAAUCAAAUCCUUGAUGAAGAUAGUUAUUAUGGGUUCUGCUAUAAUCUUUCUAUUAUUUUGUGUAUUUUACUUCACAGUGGAGUCUGGAUGUACACUUAUAAAUUCAAAGAAGUAGCUAAACAAAGUUUUGUUGUUGAAAUCGCCUACUAUAUAUUUUAUAUGUUGAUGGGAGCAUUGAGUUAUUUAAAACUAGCUCCAUUUAUUUAUUUUUUCAAUAGAGAUUAAUCAAUUAGGUAGUUCUCAUUUAGUGAAAUUAAUAAAUAUUUGUAAUUAAGUGGGGAAGAUAAACUUAGAAACCCCUGUGUACUUUUCAAAAAAAGAACAAAACCUGUCAAUAUCUUUAGAGAUUUAAUAUUCCAUAGAGUUGCUCUGCUUUCCAUGAUGAUUACUAUGACCAUUUAGACUAUUCCUUAACUCUUUAUAUAAGGCUUUUAUAAUACAGAAAAAGGAUUAUGGGAUGGCUUUAAUGUGUUAAGUUACUUAUUAUUACUUAGUAAUUUAAUCUAUUACUUUUCAGAAUUAUAAUUCAUUGUAUUUACUACAACUUAUAGAUAAAUUUAAACAGAUCUAUCAAUUAAAUUGUAAAAAAUUAAAUUAAAGUUAAUUUAAGAAACAAAGUAAUUAUUAAAAUCAGAUUAAAAAUACAUGGGAUUUAUUUAAUCUUUUUAUUUUCAUAUUGAUCCAACUAACUUCAGUCCUUAUUAGAAGAAAAGAUGUAUGAUUUAAAUAAUAAGUUCCUUAAUAAUUUAGAAAAAAUUAAAAAAUAUUGAAUUUCAUUUCAUUGAUAUAUAUGAAGAAAUUACCUUGUAAUAUUUAGCCAAUUGCUUAAAAUUUAUAAAUGUAGAAAAAAUAAGUCUUUUAUAUUAAGAUUAAAGUAGGUUGUUGUUCUUGCAAGGUAUAUUUUAAAAUGUUCCUAAUAUAACCUUUUCACAUUAAACCAUAGAUAAUCUUGAUGAAUUAUGGACUAAUGAUAAAAUUGACCUAAAUGCACAAGGGAAGGAGGUCAGGUAAAUCUAAUUUAUCGAAAAUCCUAAAAUUACUUCUGGAUGGUAAUUAGUAUAACAUAAUUAAUUUAUUCAGAAUAAUUUCAUAUAACCUUCUCAAGAGUUUAUUGCGCUGAUUCCAGUCAACCUCAGAGGAUCUUCAAUUCCAUUUAUCAUCAAUUAACAAUCAUAAAUAAUUGAUUAAACCCCAUAAGAAUAACUUGAAACACCUUAAUAAAUUAUCAAUGAUGCAAGGUUCCUAAUUGAUAAUCUAACAAAAAGAGCUCUAUUUUAAGAGUCAAUAGGAAAUAUUUAAUUUUUGUUAAAGUUGUACGAUUUUUAUGAGACUUGGAGCAAAUUGAAUGGAUAUUAAGCAACUAUACAAACUAUUUGGUCAUUGUUGAAUGGGUCCUUAUAAGUUGUUUCUCUCUUCUAUUUGAGUAAUGAAGGUGAUAUGUUUAUAUCUGCAUUAAUAGUUCUAACUGCAGUCAAUCCAAUUUUAUAAAUGUUAUCAUACGCUGUAUUUUAACACCGCGUAUUUAGAAAUUACACAAUUUUACGAUAGUUAACUUAUAUUCUGUUAUUUGCAACAUUUAACUUUUUAAAGAUAUGGGAUAUCAUUAUGAUAUGUUUAUAUAUCGGUGUAAAUGAAUUUGCUUAAGAUGUGCAAAGGACUUUUAGUUCUGAAGGUUACUUUAAGUUUAAGAGUUAUGCUUCAAAAUUUAAAGGCAGUAUAGCUACGACAGUAUUUUAGUAUAAAUCUGUUGCUGUUGAUUGCACAAACAUUUUAUAAAUAAAAAAUUAGCCAUUCUAUGAGGCAGUAAUGUGGAGAACAAAUGUUGAAGAAGCUUUGAAUAAGAUUCCUUAGUUCUUUGUCUAUAUUUUAUCAUUAUCGUCUUAACAAAUUGAUAAAAUCUGGAUUCUGGCUUUUUUUCAACAAAUAAAAGAAAGCAUUUAGGCAAUUAAAGAUAUACUAGAGGUUGUUAUUAAAGACUAUUUUAUUCCAGCUUUAAUUUUGAGUAAAAUUUCUGUUGAUUAAUUCUUUUAAUCUAUGUAGUAUUUGAGUUCAAUUUCAAAUUAAAUACUAUUGGAAUAUCCUAAAUCCUUCUAAAUUGUUUCAAAAGUAGAUGAAAUAUACUUAAGAGAAAAAUUUACUUUUAAAAUUAAUGUGAAAUCCUUAAACUUCUCUAACUAUGCAGAUUUAAAAAAACAGAAGAUGUUAGCCUAGUUUAGAUAUGUACUUGCUUAAAUAACAACUGUUUUAGAAAUUGAUUAAGCAUAAAGAUUAUUUUGUAUGGGACCUGAAUUACAUGAUUUGAUAAAAUGUUUAAAAGUUAGUCCACUUUAUUAAUUAAAAUUGAACUAUUAUUUAGAUGAAGUAGAUCCCAGCCAUAUCCCAUAUAUUAACGUAUUUAUUAAAAGUUGCCCUAGACAAUUACAAUUUUUGCAACUCUAUGUAGAAUCGAGAGAUACCCGUUAAUUAGAAGUCUUUGUUGAAAGAAUAGGUGUUCUAACUGCCUUUUCUUAUUCAUAUUUCUAAAUAAUACCAUAAUACAGAAAUAAUACAGUAGUUGCUGCACAAUAAAUUUUGAAUAUAGAUAAUACGUUUCUGAAGUUAGAUAGGUACAAUUUUGAGCAAUUUUAUUUUGAAGUUUCUGGUAAUCUUAAUUUAGAUAAUUGCCAUUAACUUUUAGAGUAAUUCUCUGGGUUGAAAGUUUUCAAGGCAUCUAUUGUUAAUAAUGCUUAAAUCCAAACAUUUUAUUUUUAGAAAAAUUUAAAAAGUUAAAACAUGGAAAUCCUGGAUAUUACUUUUGAGAAUAUAAGAUUAGAAUUUGGGGAAUAGCCUUUCUAAAAUCUCACAACUUUAAAAAUAGUUUUAAGAAGGUGUGAAUUUAAUAAAGAGAAACUGAAAUAAAUAUUAGGAUAGUUAAAUAACGCAAAUGUAGUUUACAUCGAUAUGUCAGAAUGUUUGUCAAGGUUUACGGUAUAAGAAUAGAAAAACUUAGUAAGGCAAUUAGAAAUAUAAAGAAUAGAUGUUGUCAUAAAGAUUUGA